GAGACAUUUUCAAAAUGGCGGCGGCUCGGACGAGAACCAUGGUUUCGGAAAGUUUUGAUAGUUUUGUGGCGCCUGUCAUUAAUAAGCCAGUUCCUAAUCAUCUGUUAGAAACAAGUAAGUGUAUCAUAAGUUGAAGUGGAGCGACUGAAUUCUCUUUUAAGCUACUUUUAAACGUUUUUUUUUGUAAAUCUAACCGCCUGCUUCUUUUUGCAGAAAUCUAUGCAAAAGUUGGACAGAACUCUAUUUUGCAAGCCAAACCUUCAGUUAUAAAUUUUUCCGGCUUCAAAGUUGGUGAAAAAAUUACCCGAACACUUGUGAGUACAUUUAAAUCAUAGUCUGGUAAAACAAACGUACAGUUCUAAAAUUCCUAAUCCCAACAUAAAGAGCAAUAUACUACAGCCACAUUUGUUUACAAGUUUCUAUGAUCCUAGGGUUUUGUUCUAAAGACGAGGAAAUAUAAUUACUGAAAGUUUAGAGCAAUAUUUCGGAAAAAUAUGAUAGUUUUCUGUUUAACUCCGAGUAGCCUUGAUUUUUGAAAUUUGUUGUAAAUUUAGUGUGGUGCAUGCGGUGUGGUUCUUAGUUCAUGAUAACCCUAAUUUUCGUUUGUGUAUUGAGUACAACAGCAUCGCAUGACAGGUUAUUAAUGUGGUUUCACAUUUAGCCAUAUAGCCGUUUUUCAGUUGGACUCACAAAUACAGAAAGUAUUCACUGUAAAGGCCGAAUUGUACAUUUUAUAAGCUGCGUUAAUGUAAAAUGAACACCCAUAAUGUAAUAUUUGGAUGUAAAAUGGAGUAUGUGAUUGCUAUUGCUUCCUUUUUUAUGUCUCAGAGAUUAGCAAAUGCUUCUGAUGAAAGCCAAAGAAUGCAUAUAAUACCACCAUCUACCAAGUUCUUUUAUAUCAAAUAUACAAAGAAGGUACUCUUACUUUGAUUAUUACAGCUGCUAAUUGUGCCUAACACUGAUUUAUCCUACAUGUACAUGUACCUUUGUUACUAUCACAAUUUUUAUAUUUGUUUGUGGUUACUUAACUGCAAGUGGAUAUUUGUUAGUUGUAAAAGUCUGUUUUUGCUUUUAUACCUACUCUGUUAAUUUUUGCCUGUAUAAUUUUAAAGGAAUUGUGUUUUGUUCAACCCUUUAUAAUUUUAGCCCCUAAGAGUGACUGGCAUCUAAUUUCUCCCUUUAAUAUCAUCCCUGAAUCAAACAUGAAAGUCAUGAGAAUAAAGGAGAUGAUCACCAACUAAAGCAGCUCUUGAUUGUGAAAUAAAUUCUCCUUGUCAGCCUCUUUGGAAAUGAAUGGAGAACAGUAUGGAGAAUAUGCAUACUGAUGUUAGGAUGUUGUCAUGUAUUACUUAAGAACUACACACCCCAAACAACAUGGCGGUUCGGCAAGUAAAAGACUGUUUAAUGAAGCCUCAUGCGUGCGCAUGAGCAAACCAUAUAUGGUAACACACAACAUACAACACACUGGAAAACCAUAACAUUCCUCCACACAUUAAAUGAUCUGUCCCUAGCUUUCAAAACAAGCCCUAAAAUACAAUUUCAAGGAAAACAUAAAAUAAACCAACAGUGUCCGGUAACCACAGUUCGAAAGGUAAGAACGACCUUUAAACAAGAAAACGAACAGAAUAGAACAAAGUUCAGAGAUCAAGCCUCUGUGGUGCCCUGCGAACUCUCUGAGGGUGUUGUCGCAUUUUGACCAUCGGACUAACUGUAGCUGGUUUAGCAUCAGGAGGGUCAGGUACCGUAGGUGUGGAAACAGGAACCAUCUUUGGUUGAUCUUUUUUGGAACCUCCUGGAGCUGUGCUGCCCUCAGUGGUUGGACUGACUUCAACACUACAGUCGGCGUCAGUGCUUUCAACUGUGUGUCCAACUGCCGUUGGUCUCAACUGAUCAAUAUGUCGGCGCCAGAUCAGUCCCGGUGCCACCUGUACCUCAUACAUCAGCGGACCUGUUUUGUUAACAAUCAGCCCUGGACGCCACUUCAGAUCCCCUCGAUAAUCCCGUGACAUAACUGAGUCACCAAUCUCUAACUGGCGAUACUGUUUACCCUUGUCAAUCGCUGCCUUAAUGCUCUGCUGGUGUUGUUGGUUAACCAUCUUACGGUUUAAGUUAGGUUUCACCAAAUCUAGGAGAGUACGCAAUGGUCUUCCCAGGAGUAACUGUGCUGGGCUCUCACCGGUGGUGGAGUGUGGAGUGUUCCUGUAAGCUAUGAGAAACUUCGCCAACUUCUCCCUCACUGGCUUGGGGCUUUGACGCAUGGAACGCAAAGCCUGUUUGAAGGUCUGUACUGUCCUUUCCGCAAGACCAUUCGUCGCUGGAUGGUACGGUGCUGAAGUUAUAUGGCGGAUGCCAUUGGACUUGACAAAUGUCUGGAAUUCCUCCAAACAAACUGUGUACCAUUGUCACUGACUAUCUGUUCUGGAAUUCCGAAUCUGGCAAACAAAUCGCGUAGAAUUUCGAUAGUCGAACUUGAAGAAGUUGACUUGACUGGAACCACUUCUGGCCACUUGGUGUGUGCGUCGACAACCACUAAGAACAUCGAGUUCUGAAAUGGCCCUGCGUAGUCGAUGUGUAUACGCUGCCAUGGUGUAGUGGCCCACUCCCACGGAUGUAGUGGUGUUUUAGCAGGCAUCUUCUGAUUUUGCUGACACCCGCUGCAGCCUUUCGCUAGCUCUUCCAGAUGACCAUUGAUAUUAGGCCACCAUACGUAGCUCCUCGCGAGUGCUUUCAUUUUGACCAUGCCCAGAUGCCCAUCAUGAAGUUCCUCUAACACUCUGCUUUGUAACUUAUUGGGAACGACCACUCUCAUUCCCCAUAGGAUGCAGCCUUGGUGAACUGUCAGUUCAUUGCGUCGCUCGUAAUAAGGCUUGUCUCCCUCCACACGAGUAGACCAUCCUUUCACGAUAGAAUCAUGUAUCCUCGCUAGGACAACGUCACGACGUGUUUCUCUUGCCACUGCUUCACUGGUUAUAGGUAAUGGCACAAACUGAGAGGCGUGGAACACCUCUGUUGAAUCCACCUCCAAGUCUUCUCGCUCUUUCUGCUGGAGAGGGAGCCGCGACAGUCCAUCGGCAUUGCAGUGUUUGGUUGUACUCUUAUACUCAAUGAUAUAGUCGAACCCAGACAAGAACAAUGCAUAUCGCUGAAGCCUUGCAGCAGUCAUGGCUGGAACUCCCUUUUCUGGGUGGAAGAUGGCAGUGAGGGGCUUGUGGUCUGUAAUGAGCGUAAAUCGUCUCCCAUAGAGGUAAACAUGAAAUCGUUUCACCCCCCACACAAUGGACAAUGCCUCCUUGUCUAUCUGUGCAUACCGUCGUUCAGUCUUGGUCAACGAUCGGGACGCAAAAGCUACCGGCCUUUCGCUACCAUCGGACAUGACGUGUGAAAGAACCGCGCCGAUGCCAGUUGGUGAAGCAUCACAUGCCAGCCUAACCGGUAAUGCUGGGUCAUAGUGCAUUAGCACCUGCUCAGAUGUAAUCAUACGCUUAGCCUCAGUGAACGCCGCUCGCACCGUUCAGUCCACUGCCAUUCGUUGUUUUGCUCUAACAACUGGUGAAGUGGGUGGAGAACUGUAGACGCAUUGGGCAAGAAACGGUUGUAAUAGUUUACGAGCCCUAAAAAUGAGCUUAAGCUGUGACACAUUCUCAGGUCUUGGUGCACUGACCACUGUUUCAAUCUUCUCUUGUGUCUUGUGUAGACCUUCCUUAUCGAUCUCAUGCCCACAAAACUGAACUCUAUCUUUGAAGAACUCGCACUUUUCCUUGUUAGCCUUCAGACCCGCAACUUGUAAUCGCUUGAGUACACUCUCCAGGUUCUCCAAAUGUUCUUCAUCGGUUUUGCCUGUGACAAUCAUGUCAUCAAGGAUGCACUGGGUCCCAGGUAUUCCCUGUAAUACCUGGUCUAUGGCACGCUGCCAAAUGGCUGGAGACGCGAAGAGAUGCCAAAGACUAAGCGAUUGUAUCGAAAAAAAAGGCCCUUGUGUGUAUUAAUCGUAAGGAGUUCCUUGGAUCUUUCGGUUACUUCCAUCUGGUGAUAAGCUUGGCGAAGGUCAAGCUUGCUGAAAUGUCUACCGCCAGCCAAAUUUGCAAAAAUAUCCUCUAUACGUGGCAGAGGGUACUGUUCUGCAAGAAGUACUGGGUUCACUGAGACCUUAAAAUCGCCACAAACUCGUACUGAUCCGUUUCGCUUGACUACCGGGACAAUUGGGGUCGCCCAUUCACUGUAUUCUACUUUAGAGAGAAUACCUUCCUUCUCGAAACGUGUCAAUUCUGCUUCUACUUUGGGGCGGAGUGCGUAUGGCACUUGGCGUGGUUUAUGAAAGCUGGACUGGCAGCCUUCCUCGACCUUCAAAUCCGCCUUGUAGCCUUUAAGUGUUCCCAGAUUUUCGGAGAAAACAGACUCGUACUUCUGUAGUAGCUGAUCCACUUUGCGUGCCAUACCCCCUUCUGAAGUCUUGCUAAGCUUAAAGGUUUUGAUUUCACCCCAGUUCAGUUGAAUGUUGGACAGCCAGUCACGCCCAAACAGUGCUGGUCCCUGCGUCUCAACAACUUGUAGGUUUAACUCUUUUUCCUGGCCCUUGAACUUAACAUUACAUCUCAUCUCUCCCUUAGGUGUGAUUUUCUGCCCAGUGUAUGUCUUAAGUGUCACAAGGCUCUUUGAAAGUUUGACAUGAUUAAAAUGUUCCUUAUAUUGUUUGUAUGGAAGUACAGACACCGCUGACCCUGUGUCUAGUUCCAUCUUGACCACCUUUCCCUGUAUUUCGGGGUUGACCCAUAUUACGUGAUCCUUGUCACCCACAUUAUUAACCUCAAAGGAUGCCAAAUAAUCAUCGCUGUCCCCGUCAUCGCUGUCUACAUAAUUUACUGGGGGUUGGGAAACUUGUGUCUCUUUUUUCUUUGAUUUACAAGCCCUCACAAUGUGACCAGUCUUGUUACAGUGGUGGCAUUUUUCUUUCUUGAAUGGACAACUUUUGUGAUCAUGAAUUCCCAAACAGCGGUAGCAACUUUGAUCACCCGUUCUCUUGGGGGAAAAAGAACCCUUUUUCUCUGAAAGCUUGGCUUCUCUCUUGAAUUUAAGCUUCUUGCCUGGCUUUGAUUUGGCUAAUAGAUCCCAUCCUCGUCGCCAAAAUUGUCAUGUAUUACUUAAGAACUACACACCCCAAACAACAUGGCGGUUCGGCAAGUAAAAGACUGUUUAAUGAAGCCUCAUGCGUGCGCAUGAGCAAACCAUAUAUGGUAACACACAACAUACAACACACUGGAAAACCAUAACAGAUGUAAAGGGUUAAGCAAAGAACAAGGUUUUAAAAGAACACAAAAAAAACUUUAAUCCCUAGAUACACAACCACUAUUUUACUUAACUAACCUAACCUAACCUAAAUAACAGGGACAACAGAAUAUAAUUAUACAUACUACUACAUACAUAAUACUAAGUAUACUAAUAGUGGAGCUUGCAGAGCAUAGCCCCAUAAUAUUAUACAAAAUAGUAGUAACCCAUCAAGCUGAAAAAAUUGGGAUGUACGACCGUACAACCAUACGACCAUACAAGGUGCUACUUUUAACAAGUGUGGUCAACUGUACCGUGGGCAUGCCAAUGCCACGGCUCUGUCCAGUAGUCCAGUGGUCAGUGCAAUGGGCUCCGGGUUGGAUGACCCAGGUUCUAGUCUUGGCCGGGGCAAGGCGUUGUGUCCUUGAGACAUGCUGUUAAAAAAAAAUUGCGAGCUCUGCUUUUAGGCUUGGCUAAAUCUAUAUAACAUUGCAUAUUGGUUACAUGAAAUAAUCUGGAGGAGGUUGUAAGAGAUUGUGGUAUACACUGUAUUUCAUUUUUAUAUUAAUAAUAAAUCAGUAUUUUGUAUUAUUGUUGAACAGGAAAAGCUUGUGCCUGGAAUGUUCAUUGAAGUCGUUGUGGAGUUUACACCUGAUGAUUGGAGAUAUUAUUAUGACUGUAUUCGAAUUCACACAAAGGUAACCAUUUUGAUUUCCAUUCAUAUUCUUUAAUGGCAGAGUUUUGGGUUAACAAAUUUUAAAUCCUUCCUACCAGUUUGAUGUCCAUUUCCUUCUCUUGUCUAGGGAUAUUCCUUUAAUUGAAACUGGUUGACUGUUUAAAAGUACCCAGGAGGAAUUUUGAACCAUGUCAUGAAUGAUACAGGUUUAGCUGCAUUAUAUGACAGAUUUUCUUGAGAUUACUAAUUUUCUCUCAACAGUCAUGAAAAGAUUUUGUGGUAUUAACAUUCUUUUUGGUGUCUGGUUUUUCAAUUAUGUUUGCUGGGCUUUUUGUUUUUAUACCUGUAAACUGUAAGUAGUGGAUUGUUUUGAUCCAAAAAGGGCUCAAAUAUAAGAAAAAAAAUUGUUAAUUGACCCCUAACUCCCAGGAUCUCAUUAGUAAUUCUCCUUGCUGUCUGUCAAAUGAUUCUCAUUAUGUUAGUUUGGAGAAUUUGGCAUUGGGUCAAUUAGUAUUAUUCUAUAAUUGAUAUUUUUCUUUAUUCUCAUCACUUGUCUGCAUGAUAUUGUAUUGAUAUAGUAAGGAGAAAUUCUGUCUUGGUCACUCACAGGAGUUAAAGGGUUAAAAAAAUAAUUUAUAAAAAACUAUAUUACAUGUGUGUUACAGUUAAGUUUUUUAAUGGUUAACAAUUUUAAUUUGAAAAGGUCUGAAACGUUUAAUACAAAUCUGAACCUAUCUGUAGGAUAAAAUUGAAUCACAAGACAUACAUUGUAUAUAUAUUUUUUCCAAUUUUCAGGCAGAGGAAAAUCUUAUUGUUCCUAUUCAUGCAUAUCCUGUGAUGAACACUGAUGAGUUUCCUAGAGAAGUUCACUUUCCAUCUGUACCACUUGGAGAAAAGUGAGUAAAGUACAUGUAGCUGAUUUAAGUUAAAUUCUUUUUACUAAAAGAGUGAACAAAAUCCUAUGCAUUCCCAAAGCUGUUUCAACUUUUAGUAAAAGUUUUACUUAUAAAGUGUUAUUUUUAUGUUAUUUUCUCAUGAUACAUGGGAUUCUCUUUCCUUCAUUACAGAAUAACAAAAGUAAUUCCUCUGAAGUGUGACAUCCCGGUGGAAUUUGAGUUCACCCUGAGUUAUGUUCAGUUACACCCAGCAUUUACUGUGGAACCAAUGUCAGGUAAACUUUGUUGAAAUCACCAAGUAAUAAUUAGAUUAUUGAUGAUAAAAUGUAACAGGAUUGUACUAGCUAGGAAACAUAUUUGCAAUCAGGUGUGAUUUCCAUUUUAUGUUUGUUAUUCAUCUGUAAAAAAAUUUUUGCUCAUGUCAGUAUGUUUAAGGAGAUGUACAUGUAUGCAAUAAAAGCCACUCUUCUUGUCUUGGUAAUCUGUUUCACCUGUUAUAACCUAAAUUAAAAGGCACUGACUUGAAACAGUACUGUACCAGCUUUUGGUGAACCAUACAUAGUGGUUCUUGCCACUUGAUGACUGUUUGGUGGUGUUACUCAGUUAUUUCCAGAAUCAGAAUUUUAAUUUUCUAUACAAGGACUAAAAAUUUAUUAAGUCGUUAAUUCUCAUGUAUACCUUUGAAUAGCAAAGGAAGGAUUGGUUUGUGGAGCAAACUUCUCCUUUGCGUUGAUUCUUACUUGUUCUGGAAAGGUAAGGGUAAUUGCAUGAUUAAAUGUGGAGGGAAUUCAUGCUUGUAUUUCAUGAGGAGGUACUCACAAAAAGUAAAAUUUUUACUUUCUUUCAAAUUUUUAACUUAAACAUGGCAAAUGACCAACAUGAUAAGUAAAAUUUAGAUUUGUCAUCAGAUGCAGGGAGGGUAUACAUACAAUAUUAUGGUUCAAAUGAAAGCCUAUUUGGGCACUUGGAAAAAUUUUACAGUUGAAUAAACCUGUCUUUUAGGAAUUGUGCCUGGUAAUGGUGAGGUAGAGAUUAAAGUGACAUUUGCACCCAUGGACUUCUCAACAGCUCACAUGAAGCUUCAGGUAAAUCAGUAAAACAUAUACCCAGAUGCGCAGAACAUGGUGUUUUUUUAUAAUUAUUAAAAAUUGAUUUUAAGUUCAAGUAAUACAGUGUAGGAUCAAAUGAAAUGCUCUCAUUCAAUUAAUGAUCAUCAGAAUUGGAAUUUCUCAGGGGGUGCAUGCACACUCUAUCUUGAACUCUGGCUGUUUUCAAACUUGGAACUGCUAGAUUUCCUCAUAUUUUAGAGAAAGAUGUCAGUAGACCUAAAGAAAAUUCAGCCUCUUUGUGUUGUAGAGCUUCUCUGUGUUAAAUGGAAUUUUAAUUGUAAAUCUUUCUUGGCUUUUAGCUGAAGGUGUCUCAAUUCAACAUGUCUCCACUUGUCUGUUCCUUCACUGGAACAUCGGAGCCAGGACUUGCAAAAAGGUAAUGCUAGUAUCAAAAAAAUACUGCAGCAAUGGAUUCCCUGUCAAGAGAUUAUCUCUUGUACAUGUAACUUUUCCUCUUAUAGGCACUAUUUUUAGUUGUGGUUUGUAGUUUUUUUGGCUUUCUCCUCAGAGGCUCUCCAGCUUAUUACCCAUCGUUACACAUAAACUUAGUGAAUCUUUGGAUUGUAGAGAGGUCCUGUAACCCUUUCCACACCCAGGAUUGAUCAAAUACAAUUUUUUAAGCAUAAAGGCAAAGAGAAGUAAGAAAAAUGUCAAAUACAGUAAGAGAAAUUGUUUGAUUUCACAACAGAUUCUCAGAGCUAAGAUUCUGAGAAAUGCAUUACAGACAUUGCACUGAAUUGAUAAUUAGAUCUUGAGAAGUGUUAAGGGCUAUGACUCAUUUCAGAAUUUCCGUGUGCUGUGCUUGUCAUGAAACAGGUUGAAAGUAAAAGCAUGGACAGAAGAACUACCCCCAUUACCCACCAAUGGAAUCCUGGACCCAUUGCUGAUUGAUCCUCUCGGCAGAACAAGACUGAAGAAACUUAAGACCAGACCAUGGACUCCAGGAGAGAAGAAAACCCAGGUAGGUGCUGGAAAUCAAGAAAAUAGCCACCUACAUUGUGUGAAAAAUUCUUGCAGUUCAAAAAUGUUUGGAAAUUUUGUAGGUCAAUUUCUGGGAAGUAGGAUAAGGGGUUUGAAGUAAUUUUUUUUUCAGUGAGGGGUGGCAGUGUUGGGUAGAAGGUGUUCCUUUUUCUCUUUUAAGGCAGGCAUAGCUUUAAAAGGUAAAAGGAAGGUGUAUGUCAGGCAUUGAAGAGUUUCAAUGUGUGAAUUCCAAAUGAGUACAUGUGUUGAAAGCAGAGCUUGGUCACCGUAUUUCUGCUUCCAACUUUGAAUGAAUGUUUGCAGUCUGCCAGGAGCAUGCAACAGAUGUGUAGGAAAAAAACAUUCUAGAAGAAAAUGUCUUUAGAGCUCUCAAUAUUUACAUGUAUUUGAUUUAUCUUCUGAAGAAACUUAUGUAGAGAAAAUAAUGUUAUGAAAGUAUUCAAUGAACAUGGUUUUUCCAUAUUAUUUUUUUGGUUUUGUACAGGAACUGGUCAGAGAUGGCUUGAGAUUUCCAACUACUGGUCUUGACAAUCCAUCCACUGUGUCCAGUAUCCUACUACAACAACCUGGAAAACUGAAGGCCAAGCAGAUAAGAGAGGGUGGGUGACUUGAUGUAAAUCAAACCAACGGAUCAUGUAUGAACAAAUGUAGUAUGGGUUUGAUUACUCCCAGGUAAUUCUGUCGAUGUUUUUUUCUCCUUUUCAAGCUGUUCAAAGUAAGAAAGAUGUUUCAGGGAGCACAAAACAGAUGAAAGUAAGUUGAGUUAAAAUUGUAGUGUUAGAGCAAAUCAUGUAAAAAAAUUCUUUACAAACUUCCAUAACUUAGUCUGUUCUGCAGGCGAAGUCGACAGCAUUAAUUGCUGUCACUCAGUUGUAUAUGGUUUACGAAUUUUUACAUCAUUUGCCUAUGCACAGGAAACAAAGUUUGAGUACGAAGUUCAUCAGAAUAUUCAAGAGGAACGACAGAACCAGCUCAGAUGGUAUGUACAUUCAGAACAUACAAGUAUGAAUCUUGUAGAAAAGUCCUUUGUAAACCUUACAGCCAUGUGCGAAGGCUAAUAUCAUGGAAUCUCUCUUCGUAUUGUGGGAAAAAAAAUGGAUGUAUUUCACUCUCAUUUUCUUUAAUGUUGUGCUGAGUUAACAACGAUGAUGCCAUUUUAAAGGUGAAUCCUUACCUGGAGGAUAUACUUUGCAUCAGAAAAUUUAGAACACUCUGUUUGUUUCCCUCAAGGUGUGUACGAUUAGGUGAAGAUCCCAUAUCAGAGGCAACAAGAAAACAGAUUUGUGAAACAAGGAUAGAAGAUGAAAGAGAGUACAAGGUAUUUGUAACGGUGGUCUGUUACUAGAAAUUAUUUUUCGCUUUCAUUGUGGUCCAGGAGAUGUCUUCGGAGCGAACAGUAGCACUAGAAAUGGAGUACUUCCCAUUCUCUCACUGAUGAUUUACGAAGUAUAUUAUAUUUUACAGUUCGAUAAAGGUUCAACAAACAAAGAUUCAAUUGUAGAAACAAAUAAUUCAGACCCUCGACCUUCUCUUGCACUCACAUCAAACGAGGUGAUAUGAUGAGAUCUUGCACUGGACCGCUUUUCCCCGAGGAAAGCUCAUGUUCUUUCUGGGUCCAAAACCAUGGUUAAAAUCCAAAUCUGAAAAAGAGUAGUACGAGUCUUAGCUCAAAAAUCAGACGAUACUGUUUCGUUUCAUUAGAUUAAAUUUUUCACAUUUCGAAGCCAUCUAGACCUAGAUCUUGAUUGUAAGCCAUGGUAAUCAAAAGUCAGCUCUUUAGGAGCAGUAGCCACCGGGAGUUUUGAGAAGCGCCUCUCAGUUCUGCAAAUGGUUGUAGGAAAUGGCUUGUAUUGGUCCAAGAUACGGUUAGUAUUAGGAGUACUUAUAGUUUCGAGGAAUCACCCCUUCCCCCUCCUCUUUGGUAGUUUGCGUGACUUCACGUUGACAUUUUCCGUUUAUAAAUUUAUCAAAGCUGAAUCGAGGAGACCCAGUGAUUGAAGAAGAGUAUGACCGGUCUUGUGUUGGAUGUGAACUGAGAAGAAUCCACAGACAAGCGGAUGAAGUAUGUAUCACUUUUUGGGGAAUGUACAUGUUACUUUAACUUUUGUCCUCUGGCGAACUGUUUUGCUUGCUUUCCUAUAUUUGAUGGGGUUAGUUUUUAGCUAGUACUAGGCACUUGGUCAUAGGAUACGGCCGAACUAACGACGUUUGUUUGGGAAGGAAAAAAGGAGAGCUUUUAAAAGCAUUGUUCACAAUUGCUUAGAAUGGGGUAUUUUUUCACACUGUGAUGCUUAGUGGUUACCUUAGAUUUAUCUUCGUCAUGGUGCAAAGCACUAUAAUCUUGGUGCGCUGAAGUGUUAUUUUCUUUAUUGUCGUGUAAGCUUUAACAUUUGCUGUCCAGAUGAACAUGGUUGGAAAUGUUACUCUUCUACUCUCAGAUCCCUCAAAAUGAACCUCGAUUUGAUCUUCUUGUUAAUGACGAGUGGAGCAAGAGGCACAUGGUUGUACAGAAGUUUGUUCAAGCGGGACGAAAGGUAAUCAUCAGUGUACGCUUUAUUUGUAUAACUGAUUGGCCUGUUUCAGGCGUUUAGUUAGUAAAACGAAGCGCGUUGGUGAACAGCACUACAACAGCGGAGGAGUGGAAACGAGGGACCCUCUCGCUUUUUCACUGCACUCCUCCGCUAUUGUCGCGCCGUUUGCUUUUCGCUCUGUUGUAGUAACUGAGCACCUGCAACAGGCUAGUAAUCGGUGAACUCUUAGGAAACAUUUAUGUAUAAUAAUGAGAUGUUGGCGCAGUAUUGUGAUUGAACCUUUUGGAAUUCCUUUGAAGCCCUGUAUUUUCUCAGGCCUUUUUUCCAGCAGUUACUUUAAGUGAAGUGUCACUGGGAAAGAGUUUUCUUCGCUUAGAAGUAGCUUUGAAUUAAGUUAAAUGAUGUGAUCUUCAGAGCGUGUUCUCGUCUUUAUACCUCUGAUGUAACCAAGUUAAUGUGUCCCCACGGAUGCAAUGUGCCGUGAUGAUAAUUUUUCUCUUUUUGCUGCCACACGCUGCGCGCGAUUUAUCUUAAUUCUCGCGCGCGCUCGAGCUUUAUUUAUCAUUAUGACGUCAUACUUGUGGCGUACUCAUGUGGUUGAUGUUUGCCCCAUUUAGUUUCACAUUUGCGAAUUUCUUCUCAGUAAUUCCUUUAACUGUGCUCUGCUUUUUUUUUCUAGGUCAUAGUACGACUAAGAGCCAGUAGACACUUAAGUUCCCUGGAAGAAUUUGUCACAGACUGGAGAAAGGGAAAAUUCACCCGAGAACACACAAGUAAGGAAAACCUCUCAGCUAAAUUUUUCUCCUGUAGUCAUGCGACACAUGUAGUCACGGCAGAAGUUCUUUCAUUAAUAAUUUUCCGUACUGAGCCCUCUCAGGUGAAGUAAUUAUUAACAAAAAAUGGCAGAAAGAUAAAGCCACAAAGAAAUGCAGACUCUUGACGGUUUCGAACCUGUGCUUCCCACUUCUAGUUGGCGCUACUUCUAAAUGAAUUGAAAUUGCAGAGUCAUAAUUUUAUUUUCUAUGCGUGCGAACAGGCUGCAAGUGCUCACGGGUAAAAUUCCUAAAACUGUUUUUAUUUCCUUUCAUUGCAUCUUAGGAAGUCAACUUGCAGAGAGUGAAGAAGAAAAGCUGUUCGAUGAAGUUGAGGUUCCUCUGCGGAUCUCAUCUGAAGGCAUUUUUCCGUUUUGCUUUCCUUCAUAUAAAUCUCCGGACACAAAAGAUGAUAUGGUACACAUGCUUAAUAUUUCUGGAUCUGACCUUGCCCUUGAUAGCCGCAGCUUAAGGGUUUUAGUUAUGUUUGCAGGCCGUAUGGGGGGGGGGGUAUUUUAGGCUUAUCAUUACGGUGACGGUGUGCUUAGAUAGUCACUGUCAGUCAAAUAUGAUUUCAGGAAAGUAAUAAAAGGGAUAAGACACCCCGAUGGCUCCUCCCGCCGGAAUUUUGCCGGUUUUUAAAAGCAUAAUAGACCAAAAGUAUCGUUUCUCCACUCUGGACGGGGUUCUUGUCGAUCUUUAGUAGUUCCCGCCCCUGCCUCCCUUUCGUGGUUCACCAGCACCCAUUAUGCUCUUGGACCGGGUUGUUCAAAGCUGAGGCAAGAUAAUUCAGGGUUAGUGUGAAAUCUGAUUUCCGGUCUGAAAGCUUUGAAAGAAAAUUCAACACGAUUCUGUUUGUCUACAUUCUAAUGAUUAGUAUGCUUUAGAAAGAAAAUGGAAAAUUAUUACAAUAAAGGCUUUUGAACAAAGGAAUAAUGAAAGCAGGAUUGACAUUGACCCUGGGUUUUCGCUUAUUGGUCUUCGAAAAACUGGGCCCUGGGUGGAAAGAGGCGCUUCGAGGAUAAAGUUUCGUGAUGCUGAUAGGUACCCGCCCCCAGUUCUCCGCCCGUGCUCAAACCAGGACCUCUCGUACUAACCACAAAGCCACGGUGUCUUUACAAAUGAAUGGAUAAAUGGUUUAGUAAAAGUUUCUUUUAUUCCCUCAGGAUGUUGAUGCUCUUGGUACACUGAAUGUGCAAGCGACUUUUGUCAAUGUCAAAACACACGUGCCUUAUUACAACUUAAAGGUACGUUUCUUAGCUGUUUUUGUCUAUCUACAGUUUCUAAUAACACUGUUAAAAAUGAAAUAUUAUAAACAGUUAUUGAAUGAGGGUUUUGUGAUAUCCAGAAUAAUCAAGGUCGAGGUAGGGGUUAUCAGCCGAAGCCGAAGGCUUAAAACCCUUGCCUUUUGGUUUUCAAUCUGAUUGGUUCGACUGCGAGUUUUUAGACCAAUUACAGAGCGAAAUUGCUAUUCUCUGUACGUUUAAUAAGGUGCUGACAAGGAGAAUUUGUCUAACAAUCAAGAGUUUCUUUAAUUGGUGAUUAUUCCCCUUUGUUCUCAUGACAUCAAUGUGUGAUUCAGUGGUGAUAUUCUAAGAUGUUAGUUACUCUUAAGGGUUAAAGGGAGGGAGUUCUCUCUGUGGAUCUGUCUGUUGUGUAUUGUCUAAAGCAUAAUUUGUCUCUAGGUCCCCAAACAGUGCGACAUCCUGGGUUAUAACCGUCACUCCGUAGCCGACGCGUCCUCAGGGUAUGUCCCGCCAAAGCUCGUACGUCCCUUGAGGGUUGGCGCCGAGGUAACGUCAAGUUUGUUUUGCACGGUUAUUUUUUUACUUACGUACAAUAAGUUUAUAUCAAGAUAAUCCAACAUUUUACUCGAUGUAAAUACUUACUUUGAAACGUGUUUCGUACAUGCGUGCAGAUACAGCGUACAGUACCUUACUGAGUACCUUACUCAGUUAGUAGAACUUUGCUCGUAGAGGUCAUGGGUUCAAAUCAAUAUAAUAUUACUGUAUUAUCUUGUUUCAAAUCCCUUACAGGCCUGAAUUUUUUUCAGGCCUUAUUGUCACUACUGAUUAAGUAGUGUUCAAUACUGCGACGAUCGCUUUCAUAUUCAAAUGCUGUGGGAGUUGUAUGUGUAUCGCAUGUAGUUUCUAUAGUUGUUUAAUUUUUUAAGUCAAAUAUAUUUGUAUACACCUAGCAUCUCUUGGUUCAAAUGUGGUUUCUAGCCAUGAGAUUGCAGUGGAUAGAGCUGGUUGAUCCAUUGAUUGGAACUUGAUUCCUCAUCAUAAUUCGUUGUAACUGCAUUGAAGCGAUUCUUAUGAGUUUUUCCUAUUCUUUUCCAUCUAUCCUACCGCCAUGUCCUUUCGUUUGUAAACUUGUUUUCUGUAGGAUGAAAUAAUAAACUUGGUCAGCAGUGUACCGCUUACGUCGGUUAGAAGUCCCAGUCCCGUCCCGACCACGGAAGGAGGCGAGGAAACUAAAGAAGAGGGCGAAGAAGACAAAACACAGAAUCCACAAGUAAAGAGCCCCAUUAUCACAACCCCACAAGAGGACGUAGCCGUGCAGGAGCCUGAGGCGGUGCCCCUCGUGGUGCCUGCUACGUUGUUCAGACCCACAUCUUACCAUCCCAUGCAUAUUUUUGUAAGUUACAGAAGAUUUUCACCACUUUACUCCCGCGAAUGUUUAAUAAUAAAUUCCUCCUUGCAAUUACUCUAGUAGACUGUCAGACGGAUCGGUUGUGAGAAUUAGGAAAAUCAGCAGUUGCUGUAUUUUGUUUUUGUAAUGAAUAGUGACCAUAAGGUCAUUUCUCCUUGCCAAGUCAAUACACUGUCAAUCAGACUGCUGAUGAGAACUAUCGACGAUGAAAGGGUGUCUUGAUCUCCACCAAAUUCUUCGCACUCAUCAUUAAGUAAAUGUGUGAGCAUCAGUUGAGAGAAUUAGGUUUUUAAUCUUUAGAGCGAGGGGGGCCCCGCCAAUUCCAAAGGGCAAAACGUGAGUUGGUUUUCAUCGGCUUAUUUUAUUUAGUGAAAGUAUUUGCGUUUGCUACGAAUGGGAUGUUUUUACCCAUUUUUUUCUCGUUUUUGUACUGAAAAGAUUUAAGGGAAGUAGAGAUAUUCUAUCCCCUUGAGAUUCAUAAGGCGUUAAUCGAUGUUCUGCGAACUCGGCCUUGUUUCAUGCAUGGCUCAUAACCAAUGAUUUUUUCCUACAGAACCCCGCACCAGGUUUGCAAGUGUUUAAGCCUCCGCUUCCUUACUCCGAAGUGGAUGAAGACUAUCAUUUGUGUCCGUUACCACGUAACAGAACUGCUGGAAAAUCAGGGAAACAAGGCAGGAAAUACCUGGAGAGACAGGUGAACACCAAUUGAUACUUGAUCUGUGGGUAUUACGACUGAAAAAGCGAGCUGGGACCGCUUUGCUUCUGCUUUACUUCUCUCUUUGAUUGGUCGUGCACUGCCCUCACAGCCAAUUAGACGCAAAGCGAAAGCAAAACGCGACUUGGCCACUCGCGUUUUCCCGCGCUUUUGGUCAGUUUGUGUAGUUAAAUAGCGCUGGGUUUUCAUUGACUCCUUGGUUUUUUAUCUCUGUUGUAAUAGGUCAGUUCAGUUAUAAUUUUAGUUUUGAUUUUACGAAACUUAAUCGAGAAACUGCUUUAAGAAGCCUUUUUCAAUCGUAAUACUCGGCCAUCAAAUACUGAAGAAAGUGAGUUGAGGGCAUUUUCUAUCUGUAUGGAAAAACUUAGAAGUGUUUUGUCAAAAACUGCGAGAUGGAUUAAGCAUUAUUCUUCCAAGAGCCACGUUUGUACAAUUUGCAACAUAAAACUUGCCAUUCAGAAACCUCGUAUUUUACCUUUGAGUGUGGUGCGAGAAGAACAGUACAAAUUGCAGAUGAGAGUGAUCAUCGCAGUUAUGAAGAAUGUUUAAGUACCAGGGGAGGUAGAAAUUAAUGUUUCCGCAGUUUUUUCUCUUGCUCUCCGAAAAAAUAUCUGUCGUUAAUAGCUAUGCCACUUGAUUUUCCACCCUUCCCACGAAAUGGUAGAGAGAUCUGUGUUUUCUUUUCUACCUCUCUUUCAAUCCUUUACAAUUCCAUUGUACGGAAAGGAGAGAAAGCGAAAAUGGAAAGAAACCCAAAUCAUCUACUGGUGGCUGUCAUCUACUUUGAUUACAGCCACUAGAUAAAGUUUAUGUUUCAUUAACCUGAACAAAAACUCAAAACUGAGGUUUGUCAUUUGUUUCACGGAAGUGAUCUACGCAAAUCCGCUUUCUGCUCACAAUGGGUCCUACUUUUAUGGCAGGUUUAGUUUGCUUUUAGAUACCUUAGAUUCACUUGACUAACUGUAGAUUAAAUUUGGAAGAAAAUGACGCAGUUUUUCGUCAGAAAUUAAGUCCCGAAAUGUUUGUCUCCUUGUAUCCUUUUUAGGAUGUUAUUCCUGGUGUUAUGACGUGGAAGCGGUUUCCUUGUCAGCCUCUGGUAUCCAUGGCAGCAAAUCCAACGAUAUCAAAUGUGUGGAUUCCUCGAUGGUGAGUCGAUCAGUGAAGAGUUAAAUUCUUUGACGGCACUUUUCAAUAACGUGUCAUUUCGAAAAUCAUGUGGUUGAAUUAUUUGACAGCACUUUGCAGUAAUGUGUCAUUUAUGAAUUUGGAGAUAGAUAGGAAAAAUCGUUUUACUAUAUCGAAAGUAAUGUGGUUAACCUUUCGGGAAACAAGUGCAAUGGUUCUUACUGUAUAGAAGGUCAUGUCCAGCGUUGUGGCUGAAUGAGUUUGACCCUUGAUGUUUUUGCCCUAUAUAACUGUUAUGAUGAUUUUUGGUAACGUGGAGCGAAAUCACAAGGUUGGGUCCAUUCAAGCCUCAAAGAUCGCAUGUUGUUAUCCAACUGUACGAAGCAGAGUACAAAUAACGGGCGAGUAGAGUACACAUAUCCUGCGAUAUUAUACGGUUUUUUGGACUGUUGGUUAUUUUGUACUGUAAAAAAACCUGUUUAACCAGUCUGCUGCGCGCGCUACCUUUCUCUAUACGCUUUGCUUUUCCCACCUUAUGAGAAGUGAGCAAAAAGACCUAGCAGGAAAAGAAGCCGUAAGACAAUAAAUAAGUUAUCAGACGUUUUGGUGAGUAGUAUCGCUAAGUAUUUUUACUCGUUGUUUGUAUUUUGACUCACCCUACGGGCUCAUCAAAAUACGGGACAACUCGUAAACACACCAAAACGUCUAAUGAGAUAUAUAUUCAUUGAGAGGCGCGGUAAGAAAACAAAUAUAGUUUCUCCUUUUGCUAAAACUUGCGUACACCCUUUUCCGACCUAAGGACUGACCCAUUCAGUGAGGACCUGCUGCCUACGGAAGUGCCUUCAUUACUACAAGGUCUCCCGGAUGAUGACGUCAUGAGUGAUGACGAAGCGUAAGUUACGCAAAUUUAAGCAAAGAAGAUAAAUAAUGUAUGAAUACAUGUAUGCAUCGAUACGAAAUCAUGCGAGCGGUUUCAAGAGUAACAGAAUUGAUAGAAAAUUAAGAUAUUCACAUUACUAAGGAAAAUAUGAUCAACUCUGCGCAAAAUUUUCAACUGAUAAUAGAAGUAAUUCUAGUUUGCGUUGGUUUUGCUUUUUCUUCCGCUCUAUUAUUGGUGUAUAAAACUUUGCUCGUGUAACUCUCGCAGCCAAUCAGAUGCAAGACUUAAAACAAGCGCGAACUGGGCACGCACACUUUCCCGCGCUUUAAACAGUUUGCUCUUAUUAGGUGGCUCUUUUAAUUCCUGCCUCCUGGACAAUUUAUUUUCCAGUUUUACAGGAACUAUGCCUGCAAUCACGUGUUUGCACAAAAUUCCUCUUGAAGUCAACAUUCUAGGACACUUCUCCCACACUAUGUUCGCGUGCAAAAUCUUAAACUCCUAGUUUAUUCUACAGCGUCCUGUUACUGGACGCGGUGAAGAGUAAAAGUUUUAAACAUUCUUUACUAAGAGAAAAUAUCAAAGGUUUAUAUUUUGUAGGGUGGGAGAUUUCUGUAUAACUAAUCAUCCUGAUUAAAGUUCCCCCAAGAAAGGGCUCCAGAACUAAAAUAAAAUUCGCGUUUGAUGAGGACACCUUUAGUAACAGUGCCUUCACAAAUUACAUUCUGAUAUCUUUUUGCCACUAUCUGUUGUUUCAGGGAAGAAGAAGGAGCAGACCCAGGCUUCCAGGAGAUCCCAAUCCCCACGCCAGAGAUGGUUUGUGCCCAGUUUCCCUCGGCAGAGAGUAUUCUUGGAGACCAAGAUCAACAGGGGUCGUCGCAAUUAAGGUAGCUCUCGACGUCUUCCGUGAUUUAUAAUAAUGUUACGUGUACUUUAGUUUUUCAGCUUUGUUAUCUACAGUAAAGGGGUGGUUAUACUUAGUCUGACUUGAUGGUAUGUGUCUGUAUCUUUAUAGUGAGAUGGUGCUUCACCCAGGCGGAAACACGAGAACCUUAGUGGCUGCUCCAACAGCAGCCACCACAUCCUUCGUUCCAAGGUACUGAUGACCUCCCUAGUGUAUUACAUUUUGUUUUAGGGGAGCUUACGAUUCAUAGAAAAUAGCCGGUUCAGCUGGUCCAUUCACAAAGAGAAUGCUGGAGAAAUUAUUGACUGCCUCUGUUUGUUUUGCGUUCUUUUACAGGGAGAAACGUGAAAAAGAAUUAAACGAAUUUUUGAGACAGCGGCAGAACAGAGUGGGAUUUAGAAUCAAACAAAGGAUACAGUCCAUAAAUGAUGCCAUGUCUUCGUCCAAUCUGGAACUAAAAUAGAAUUUGAUAAAUUUGAAAUUAGGAAACGGAUGUUGCUGAUUACUUGUUUUAGUUAAAGUGCGAAAGAUUUCACUUGUCUUUUUCCGAUAUUUGACCGUCUUUGCCCAUUUCAGUGAGCCGUGUAAAAAUUUGUCUCUUUGGUUUGAGUUGUAUAUACAUCAAGUGUGAAUGUUAUAAAUUUGUUGAUACGAAUGGUGGUUCAUUCCCAAACGUAAACAGAAC